UCGGGAAAAAAGAGGAAGCAUGGAUUACUGGUAUGAGUGGUAUGCGCACCACCAGACAUCCUGACCCCAUCACUUCUCUUCUCUCUCUCUCCCUCCUGCUUCAAUUCAUGGCGUAGACACUUCCCUUUCUUCUUCAAUACCCUCUUAAUUCCCUUCUCUUCCAUUCCCAUUUCCCAUUUCCCGUUCUCUAAACCUUCCCUUCUUUUCUAAUCCCCAUUUUCCUCCAUGGAAUCUACUUUGGGCCUUUUCCGCCCUUCUCCCCUGUGUGGGUCUGUUUCUGGGUCCGCCAUUAACGACUCUAAUGCCUCCACAAUGGACAUUCUUCAGAAAGAUUUUGUGGGUAACGUUCCAAUUCACUCAUCUACCUCUCCUGCCUCCUCUGACCUCGAAUUGGGCCUUGGUUUAGCCCUUGGCGGCGGCGGUGGCAAGGUUACCGGUGCUACUUGGGGUGAGCGUGGUCGGAUUUUGACUGCUCAGGAUUUCCCUGUUCAUUGUGGCUCUUCUUCUACUUCUUCUACUUCUUCUUCUUCUUCUUCUUCCUCUUCUCGUUUUCAUGGAAGAGAGGUUACUUGUUCUGUUUCUGUUUCUGGGACUAAACGAGCUGCUGACUCUGCUCCUAAUGAAGGAGGAUCUCCAACUGCUCUUAACAGUCAGGUUGUGGGAUGGCCACCUAUUAGAACAUAUAGGAUGAAUAGCUUGGUUAACCAAGCUAAGACAGCCAGGGCUGAGGAAGAGGAUGCUGGCUGUGAGGAGAAGAAAGAUCAGUCCAAGGACACUUUGAAGAACAAAACAUGCGAUGUUGAUGGAAAAGGGCACUUGGGAUUUGUCAAAGUGAAUGUGGAUGGGGUUGUGAUAGGGAGGAAAGUGGAUCUCAAUGCCCAUUCUUGCUAUGAGACCUUGGCCCUGAUGCUGGAGGACAUGUUUUUCAGGUCUGCUGGAGCCUCCAUUCCCAAUGGGAAAAGUGGAGACAAAGAACAAGCAAAGAAGCAGUCUAAGCUUUUGGAUGGAUCCUCUGAGUUUGUACUCACAUAUGAAGAUAGAGAGGGAGAUUGGAUGUUGGUUGGGGAUGUCCCUUGGGGGAUGUUCGUAAGCUCUGUUCGAAGACUUCGUAUCAUGAGGACAUCCGAAGCCAACGGACUAGCACCAAGAUCUCAAGACAAUAAAAUGAAACAAAGGAGCAAACCUAUCUGAAAAAUACUACUGUCUGUCUUGAGUACAUCCUAGAUCUACCCAAACCUGAAAUACAAUGCACAGUUUGACUACAGAACAGAAGUAGAGAAGACAAAGAGAAAUGGGUUGCUGUUGAAAGAUUUACAUUUACAUCUACUUUUUUGCUUUUUUGUUGGCUUUAUUUUUUGGUCUUUUGGGAUUUUGAAGUGUUUCAAAGCAGCUGGUUCUGUUCUUGCUGGCCUUAGUUUUUUUCCUUUCGUUUUGCUUUUGGGUUUUAUAGGCCAUAUGAUUUUAGCCCUUAAAAUCUCUUAUUAUAGAGUGGUUACCAUACAGAAGUGUAUACUUUGGGUGGAUGCUUUCUCAUACUGUACAUAAGGGAAAACACUUUGAUUUGAUAUCAAUGGACUUGAGUUUGUUGCAAUUUGCUAGAAAAAUGAGAAGUUUGUGGCUUUCAACUUA